AUGCAGGCCGUUCAGCAGCGCUUCCAUAUGCGGCGCCGCAACCCGCAUGCCCCUGAGAACGCCUCUCAGCGCCAACCUCCGCGGCGCAAGCACUUUUACUCGUGGGUCGCCACAGAUAAGACACAGCUGGAGACUGCUGAGAAAGUGAUGCUGCAAGGGCUGCUGUACUAUCAGGCAAAGAUAGCCGGCCUCAAUACCAUUUCCACCGACGACAUCCGCAAGUUGGACGACAACGCGGCGCUGGCGGCAAACCUCAGCGGCGUUACCAACACGAACAGUAUUUGCAGCUGUACUGGCGAGCAGCAGGCCACCACUUCUCUCUCGCCACUUCCUGCCUGGAAGGCGGCGGCAAAGGAAGAAAAGGAGGUCAUCGUUCUUAUUCACGGUUUCGCCGGUGGGGUGGCGGGGUGGGCGCAAAACUGGCGCUUCCUGGCGGAGCGCUACCGUGUGUACGCCUUCGAUUUACCUGGAUUUGCUCGAAGUGAGCGGCGCGCUUCAGCUGCUAAGUCACUGCCGGAGGCGAUGGACUACUUCUGCGACUACAUUCACCGCUGGUUCGCACAGCUCGACUUCAGGCGACCUGUCAUGGUGCUCGCCCACUCCUUCGGGUGCUUUGUCGCGUCGCAUUACGCCAUGCGGCACGGGGCCAACUGCAUCAAGCUGCUCAUAUUUGCAGAGCCGUGGGGGCUGACGCGCGGUGACGCAAACCGCAUGAAGAUGUACCCGCUGCUAGCGCGUGCGCUACUGGCGCUCUUCUACAACGUCGGUCUUCUGGCGCUGCUGCGUGGGGUAGGGCCGGCGGGACCAUGGAUGCUGCGCCGCAUCCGCCCCGACUUCGAGGGGAAGUGGUGUGCCUUCCUUGACGACCCUAGUACCGUAUACGACUACCUCUACCAUUGCAAUGCGCAGAACUCCCUUGUCGGAGAGAAGCUCUUCAAGGCCUGUUGCCACUAUGACGUAUGCGCAAAGGAGUCAUUGCUCGACGUGCUGCCAGACACUCUUGACAAGCGCAUCGCCGUGGGGCUACUGUUUGGUGGCAAGUCGUGGAUGAAUGCCACAGAGGUGGUCGAGCUGGGGGAACUGCUGCGCGAGAGAGGCGUUCGUGUCCGCGUCUAUACGCUAGCCGACGCCGGCCACCAAAUCUUCACGGACGACGUGGCGGGCUUCAACAAGAAGGUCAGCGAGAUAGUUAGCGAAUUGUCCUCGGUUCCAUCUCCAACUCUAUCCGCCUGA